UGUUUUUUAAAUUAGCUCUUAUUUUUUAAAUAUACCUAAUAUACAAAUAUACAAAUUAGAAGCCCUUUGUAUAUACUACUUACACAAAAAUAAUUACUUGCUUAUCUCGUGGGAUCUCUCUGUUAUGUAUCUUUAUGUUGUAUUCAAAAUGUUCGGCCUCCAGGGCUGUCACAAAACUUUUUUGACAAAAAUAAUUAAAUGAAUUCGGCCUUUAAUCUGUAUGGAUUUCGUAGAUUAUUUCAUUUUUUUUUAAACCUUAUCAAUCAAAUCCAAAAUAAAUGUGGCAUUCUCACAAAAUCGUAAUUAAUCUUGGUUAAUUAACCAAGGUAUUUUUUCGCUAAAUACGUUAAGAAGUCAAAUUAAAUACAGGCAAUAAAAAGCAUAGAAAAUAUCAUACAUAAGCUGGGAGUACCUCCACGCGGUGAAGGCGGUAACAGUUUUACUGGCUAAAACUCCCAUUAUUAUCCUUAACUAGACCUGAUUAGAUGCCUUCGGGCUUAUGUUGUAUUUGUGUUCUAUUUCGUACAUCUGUUUGGUGGCACGGUAGCCUACCCGGUAACGCAGGGGAGCAGCCACCAGGUAACAUUUUAGUCUUAAGUAGCGGAUUUAUUUGUGUUCAUGGAGCCAAACAAAUCUCUUGAGUCUAAUUUACCUCAGCAGAACCUGACCCGCUCUGCUGAGGGAUGUUCUUCCGGGCUCCGACCGGAGGACUUAAUGCUAGGAGGGCAUGAGGGCGCCAACCCUCAUGUUGGUCAGCGACCGGCAACAGAUGGUGAUUUGGAGAACGCCAUACCUGGCCCUUCACACUCUCUGAGAGUAUCUGAAAGUACAGUAAGAAAAGAGCUCACCAGAUUAGAAAUUUUUGGCUUGCUGCUCGAGGAGUGUAAAAAAAAAGAUUUAAGACAACGACCGUCGGAUUUGUCACGAAAAGAAAGGAUCGAUCUUAUUAAUAAAGCUCUUGCUGCUUCUGUAGCAAAUUUCAUUUCUAAAUCUGAAAUUUUUUAUCAAAAAUGUAAUCGAUCCAUGCCUUAUUUAAUAAAAAAACAUAAACAAUGGUUUGAUCAAGUUUUUGUGGCUGGGAUUUUAAUACCACCAUUACCAUCGACAUCAGCCACAAUAACAUCACCCAGAACAGAUAAAUUUAAAAAACUAUGCCCUAGACAGCAGCAAAGGUUGAAGAGAAGUCUUGCUAUGAAUCUCACCGCAGAGCCUCAAGUCAAAGUUGUGAAAGCUUUUGUAGAUACAGUGAGUACAGAAUAUGGAGAACCUUUAACAAAUAAAGCAGUUCAAGAUUUGGAACGAGUAAUAAUCACCUGCCUUGAGACCCCUAGCAACGCCACUACUAUAUCAAAUACCUUAAAACAUUCAACCCAAUUACGUCCAUAUACACCAAAUGAAGCUUUAGCGGUACUAAUAGACAGAAAAUUGUCAGUGGAAACUUACAAAUUUUUGCAAACGGACGCAAACGAUAGGGGAUUUCCACUUUACCCACCGUAUUACAAAGUGCAGGAAGCAAGAAAAUCUUGUUACCCAUCCGAGCCGGUUGAAGUUUCAGAGAGUUCAGAGAGUUCCAGUAUCAAAAAGAAAUCAGAGACCUUAUAAUGGCAGAAAGCGAAUGGGUAAACGAACAAAUUAAAACUUUGACGCCUGUUUGCCCUCACUUCUAAAGAACACAAAAUAGAAGCAACAGCAAAACUAUAUUUGACCGUAAUUGACGGAAAAGUUUUGAAUACGCUGCUAAACACGCCGUCAAAGAUGCGUUGUCCCUUUUGUAGUCUUACUGCCACAAGUUUUAAUGACUUGGAAAAAGCUUUUGUACAACCUGUACGGCAGGAAGCUUUACAACACGGUAUUAGUCCAAUGCAUGCAUGGAUAAGAGUUCUAGAAUUCUUAUUGCAUCUUGGCUACAAAAGCAUAGUACAAAAAUGGCGAAUAUUGCAGCAAAAGGCUAUACAAAUAGAAAUUAGACAAAAAAUGGGUCUAAUGGUUGACGUUGUAAAGCCAAAUGCGAGGACCACAAACGACGGCAACACUGCUCGUACUGCAUUAUCCGAUAAAAAUAGAGCCUAAUUUGCCAGUAUCUUAGGUGUAGAACAUUGGCUAGUAGAUGAUUUACAUACAAUUUUAAUAGCUUUGUCUUGUGGUCUGCCCUUAGAUUCAGCCACAUUAAGACAGCACACAGCCACAGAAAUUUGUAGAAUUUUGCCACGAUUUAGCUCGUAAAUAUGUUCAAAAAUAUAACUGGCACCCCAUGACCGUCACAAUACAUAAAAUAUUGAUUCAUGGCAAAGCUAUCAUAGAGGCAUCAAAUCUACCUUUGGGUAUGUUAUCCGAACAGGCAGUCGAAUCUCGCAACAAAUUGUGGAGACAUGACCGGGAACAUCAUUCCAGGAAAAACGAUAGAAAAAUAACUAUUUUGGACCUUUUCCAUCGCGCUUUGGAGUCAUCGGUUCCAAUUAUUUAUAGCCAAAAUAAACCAAAAAAGAUCAAAAUGGCUACCAUUGCCGCCAACUGUUAUAAGUUUAUUAAAACCAGUGUCAGUGGAUGACCUCCAAGUGAAUACCGCGCUGACAGAGCAUGAUGUAACAGAAGAGGAAAGUGAAGAACAGCAGCGUGAUAGAUGCUUGUUCUUUCUACUGAAGAUAAUAAACUUUGAAAGAAUAAAUUAGUACAUAGAUGUCUGUUUUCCUAAAAAAAGUAACGAGCUGUAUCAGUCCCUUGUAAUUAAGUUUAUUGCCACUAACCUAGCACAAAUCUUGACUCUGUGCUGCAACUGAGAAUUUUCUUUUGAUUUGACAGCAAUUUAAUUUUCCAACCUCUUAUCCACCUCAGCUAAGGCUGUUGGAAAAAUGAAAUGGAUAUGCUCGAAAAAAUUGUAGUAGAUAGGGGAAACGGUAUAGUUAUUGGCCAGAUAAGAGUCUU